AUGAGUAAGAGACUGAAAGAGGCCACGACUUUUGCUGGUCAUCGGUCUGAUGGUAGCAUACGAAGAGAUGACGUUCACAAUGCAGCCUUGGUGGUGCCCUCGACGGCUGGAAUUUCGGCCCUUCGUCGGUUAUCAAUUCUCAAUGGUGGUCUGGCUACGUUGAGCAGCUCUCGGCGGCCGUCGAUAACCAUAGUUGUUUGCAUCGAUCGACCGAAGAAUGCCUCUCAGAACCUCGACCCUCCAUGUCUCAGGAAGGAAGAGGAUCAAGAAGAGGAUCAAGAUGACAUUUACGGAGGAGAAGAAGAAGAAAAGGAUAAAGAAGAAGUGUUGUCGGCGAAUCGAUCGGUUAUCCAGCUAUUGGUGUCCUCCACGCUUGCGGCUACUCUAGGCUGUGCUUGGGACUCUAGCACCUGUAGCCAAAAUGAAGAGGACUUUUUGUUGGAAGAAUACGUGUACCAAGGUCCUCCGUCAACAGUGUCAAUGCAAGUAGAAGAUAAAUUUUUAUCGGAAGAGGAUGCCAUUCCCAUUGCCAAAGAAGUCACGCUCCAUUGCCUAGGAUGUCCAGUGCCAUUGGCCACUGCAGAGUCACUCGUCUGUCCAAGGCCAUUGGAUGGAAUCCUCUUGUCCAAGUCCUCGCUACUAAAAGUCCGUGAUCCAGUCUCCAAUCACUUCUUUCACUACCACGUGGUACAUGCUGUUUCGAGCCGAAUUGGGUUAGAAAACAACAACAAGCACCAUCCUUCAACCUUCCGAACCACAACCGACACGGAAUAUUCCUUCCUACAGCAUGACUUCCAGCAUCCCGGUAGUUGUCCUCGGCUACCACCCCUUCCCACAUCGAAUCUGUUACUACCAGACAGAGAAGCCAACCACAAUAAUCAAUCCAACAACAAUGAUUCACAACAGUACUACCCACACCCAGAUUUGCCGUCCCUGCAUCAGGUGCUGCAUGGAAUGAUUCGUUCCACAACAUCCUCCACAUUCACCACCACUCCAGCCGAACGAAUUCUUUUCCUUGUGGGCACGGACCAGGAACACGAUGUUCGGCGAUUGGUCCAGGUGGCCGCUCAUAACGUGGGAAUGCGAUAUAUUUCGGUAGUGGGAUUGGCAGCUUUUGCUUCUAUCCAUGGGCAAAGCCCCGUCACCACAGGGUCCUUGGCGGAUCAAUUGGAAGGGUUGCAAUUGGCAGUGGAUCAAGCCAAAAAGUGUGCUCCGUGUAUAUUGCAUUUGGUCGAUGUUGACUUGGAAUUCAACUCGACAUCCGAUGCCGCACUACGAGAGGAGCAGGAAGAUCGUGUGUGGUCCUUACUGAUGGAUGCCUUUGUUGAUCCGAAUCUGUAUUAUGCCAGCCAACAACAACCACAAGAGACUGUGUAUUAUCCCUCUACCAGAAGAAGAGACAUGGAUUGUCGGUGGGCACCAUCAUUGCUGAUCGUCUUAUCCACGACACAGCCACUUUCCAGCAACGACAACAAAGCGGGUCCACUGGUACGAAAUCUUGUUCGUGAUCCCUUGAUGCUCACGUAUCCCGAUGCUGAGUUUGCCAAGUUUGUGUGGGAAGAAUGCGACCACAUCGUCGGUCCGCGACAACAACAGCGACAACAACAUCCGCUGCGACCAGAGCACAUUCAAGAUUUGCUGGCAGACAGACCAGUCCGGGACAUUUGCAUCUUGCACGAGCAAUGUCUCGGCAGGGCGACGGAAACAACCAUAGAGGAACAGCGUCAAGGGAUCGUCAAGAUGUGCCAAGCAUUGGAUCGGGCCUCAAAAUCGUCGUCUUCUUCUGCGGCCAAGAUUGCCAACGUCAAAUGGGACGACGUUGGCGGGUUAACUCAAGUUCGUCAAGAAAUUAUGGAUACUAUUGAGCUGCCCCUUCAGUAUCCACACUUCUUUCCGCAUGGAGGGCGUACGGGGAUCCUGUUGUAUGGUCCCCCGGGCACGGGUAAGACUCUGGUUGCCAAAGCAGUGGCGACGGAAUGCAACAUUCCUUUCUUGUCGGUCAAAGGGCCAGAGUUAUUGGGGAGUUACGUUGGGGAAAGUGAAGCCAAUGUCCGUGGUGUCUUCGCCAGCGCCCGGGAGGCUGCGAUGUCGUCGGGGCGAGGAACAAGAGUCGGGUCUUCUUCAUCUGCAAUGCCGAAAAACCAUCAGGGGAUGGCCAAGUCAAAGGCUACAACGGCAGCCAACCCAAAGGCCUGCUUAGUCUUCUUUGACGAGUUGGACAGUCUCGCGCCGCGACGAGAUGAUACCGCCAGUGGGAGUGGAGGGGGUGUUAUGGAUCGGGUGGUUUCGACUCUUGCAGCCGAGUUGGACAAGGGCCAAGAGCAGCAACAAUCACGUCGUUUUGAUCGUAUGGUGUAUCUGGGGGUAGCAUCAACCCCCGAAGAUCGCGCUAGGAUACUCGCGGCGCAGACUCGGCACUUGACGUUUGAGCAAGGUUUGAGUGCCUUGGAGGUAGCACAAUCCAUCGUGGAUCGACUUCCAGAUAACUUGACAGGGGCAGACUUGUCAUCCAUUGGAAGUGGCGCUCUGUCUCGCGCUACCCAACGUCUUUGCUCCGAGGCGGACCAGGAGGUGAAGAAGAGAAUCGAGGAAACUGCGACAGGCAUCGGCGAAGAGGAGGAGCUGGCGAUUUUAGAUGAAGUCCUAACCGAUUGGGACGAAAGCCGACUGGUUCCUGUCGUCACGAUAGAAGAUAUGAUUGAAGCAUCCAAAGAUCUUGUCCCCAGUGUCAGCCAGGCGGACCUGCAACGGUACGAGAAAUUGAGAGUGCAAUUUUCGAGCUCUGUCAGCGACGACCUGCAGAACCCUGCAAUGUCAGUCAACCUUGUCGAUGGAUUGGAUUUUGUUAAUUGA